AUGCCAUCAGGCAAACCUUCUUCUUCUGUCUUCUCAUUACAUCCCAAACCAACACCAUUAAAACCUUCAAGCAGCACCAGCAACAACAACACCACAAACCAAGCAUGCGCGGCUUGCAAAUACCAACGUAGAAAAUGCGCUCCUGAUUGUCUUCUCGCUCCUUAUUUCCCUCACGACCGUCACCGACAGUUCCUCAACGCCCAUAAGCUCUUUGGUGUAAGCAACAUCACAAAAAUCAUCAAAGACCUUAGCCCUCCUGACAAAGACGCGGCUAUGUAUACAAUCAUGUUUCAAUCCGAUGCACGUGCUAAUGAUCCCAUUGAAGGUUGCUAUAGCAUCAUUAGAAAGCUUCAGUACCAGAUCCAAUACUCAAAAAGCGAGUUGGAUAUGAUUCUUCAGCAAUUGGCUGUGUUCCGUAGUCACCAUCAAGAACCGCAUAUUCAGAUUCAAGAACCUGAGGAUCUCUCGAGUUUUUCGAGUUCUUGUGAUCUAAACAUCAACAACAACUUGAUUCCUUACAGUUACCCUCUUCAUCAUGUCCAAGAACCAAUUCAACAGCAACAAGAACAACAACAAUAUUGUUCUUCAGGAAACUUUAAUGGGUUACAAGAAGACAUGUGGUGUCUUCAACUUCAAGAUUCAUCAACGACGGUGAAUAUGAAGGGUGGCUUCAUUGAUGAGUGUGAGGAUGUUAAGCCUGUGGAAGAGGUUUCUAGCGAAACACACGAGUUCGAGCAUCAUCAUCAUGAUGGUUUCGUUGAAGAACGGAAACUUGACUUGCCUUCCACACAAUACAUCAUUUCUUCUUAG